GGAAAGUUACCAAUAACCUUUUUAAAACAGUAUCGUGGCCUUAACAGGUGUGCUUAUUUCUUUCAAUCAGACACUUCACAUUUAUUAGAAUCCACCCACCUCAUUUUAACCAGUCAUAUGAACCGAAAUUAUGUAUAAAUGGCAGAAAUUUCUCAAAUUUCUUCCAUUGUUGAGCCUCGAGCGAGCGGUCCAUAAGUUCUGCAGAGACGGUUGGACCUGAGCCUACUUUGUUCCUCCGCUGAUCGGAAAUCUCCAUCUCUCGCCAUCAUGAAGACUGCUGUUUACCAGACGAUUCUCAUCACGCUGUGUCUCGGCGGCGUGUUCGUCGUCGCUGCCGACAACGAGCCCGUCCAUUGCUUAGAGGAGUGGUUCACGCUCCACGCCGACAUCGGUAAAUGCUUGUAUUACUCGAACUACCAGCGGAGUUGGUAUUCGGCCCGGUGGUACUGCGCCCACGGGCAUACCUACCUCCCCGGGACUCGGCUCUUCUAUCCGGCUGAUGAUCUAGAAUUCAACGUAACUCGUCAACUGAUGAUUGACAACGACGAUUCAAAGGCGUGGCUUGGGGUCUGCAAAAUAUCUAAUGGUAACUUCGUGACAUCCGACGGACAAGACUACACCAACAUCUGGACCGGUACGUACGGGCUAACCGACUCGGAAAACCCAGCCGGAUUUCUCGAAAUGCGCAGCUGGUCCCCGGCUUUCCGGUACAGAUACCAAUACUGGCGGACGAGGCGUUACAUCUGCGGGAGGGAUGCAUGUCGAAUUGACUGCGAUCGCCUUUGUGCGCUCAUAGAGGCAUUCGAAGAUCUGCUCUAGAAAUGCUAAAACCAUGAAAAGAGAUCAUUCCUAAGAAUACCCAUGACCAUCUUUUAUUCACCCCCUUUUCUAGUUAUGUAUUUAGCAUCUCAA